UUUCACAUUUCUUAUUUUCAGCAGGGAGCCAUAAUGGUGAAACUUACAGAGGAGCUCUGGAAGACGCUGCAGAAUCUAAGAGAAGACGAGUUCGGGAGCUUCAAGUGGUUCUUGAAGCAGGAUGAAGUCCUGGAAGGUUUUUCAGGCAUCCCGGUGGCUCGGCUGGAGAAGGCAAACAGACUGGACACGGUGGACCUGAUGGUACAGAAGUAUCCGGGACCUGGAGCUCUGAAGGUCACCCUGGAGGUUUUACACAAGAUCAGCAGGAAUGAUCUGGUGCAGGGUUUGGAAGCCUUCAGGAAGCAUCACUACAGAAACCAUGAAGAGGCAAAUAAAGCUGAGCUGGGGGAUAAACUGAAGCUGAUGAUCCAGGAGAGGCAGAUGAAGAUCGAGGAACUCAAACGUGCUGCACACCUCAGCAGCAAAUCAGCAGACAGACACAUCGCAGACAGCGAGCGAGUCUUCACCGCUUUACUGCAGUCUGUCCAGGCGAGUCUGCAUAAUCUCAUCGAAGCUAUCAGUGAAAAGAGGGAAACGACUCAGAAACGGGCUGACGGGCUCAUCCAAGAGCUGGAGCAGGAAAUCUCUGAGCUGACGGAGAGAAGCGUUAAGCUCUCACGCACUGAAGACGACCUCGACUUCCUCAAAAGCUGCGCUUCCCCGAGUGCUGUUCCAACCACCAGGAACUGGGCAGAAGUCUUCAUUCCUCCGCCGCCUUAUGGCUCAAGUGUGGGGACGGCUGUGAAUCAGCUGGUGGAGAAAUUCAGCAAAGAGAAGGAGAAGUUGAUCUCAAAGGCCAAGCUGAACAGGGUCCAGGAGUCUGCAAGAGACGUGACUUUAGAUCCCGACACAGCAAAUCCGUUCCUGGUUUUGUCUGACGACCGGAAACAAGUUUACUGUGGUGACGUGAAACGAAACCAGCCAGACAACCCAGAAAGAUUUAACGUUGCUCGCAACGUCUUGGGAAAGCAGAGCUUUUCCUCAGGGAGAUUUUACUACGAGGUUCGAGUCAAAGGGAUGACUUCCUGGGAUUUAGGUGUCGUCAAAGAGUCGAUAGACAGAAAGGGAUCGAUCACACCAAAGCCCGAGAACGGUUUCUGGACUAUAUGUUUAAGAAAUGGAAACGAGUACAAAGCUCCUGGUGUCAAUCUCCGUGUGAAACAUCAGCUGCAGAAGGUGGGCGUGUUUGUGGAUUAUGAAAAGGGUUCGGUCUCCUUUUAUGACGUAGACUCUGCAGAAAUUAUUCACUGCUUUACUGAGUGUGGCUUCACCGAGAGGCUUCUCCCAUUCUUCAGUCCCAGUGGUCAUCAACAUGGUGAAAACUCCACCCCUCUGAUCAUCUCUCCUGUCAGUUACACUGAUUAGACACCCGGUGGGCAUCUGUCUGAAAAUGUUGUGGGCAUCGGGUGCAGUACCACGUUGUGCCACUAGAUGACAGACUUGUGCUUUCCGCCGCCCUGCUCUGCUUCCUGCUGGUGAAUUCAGCAGCGUUAGUGCCUGUCGCCGUGCAUGAACGCAGAAAGUUAAAACUGAUGUUUACAUUUGUUCAGUCUGUUCUGACUUUGUGUACGACUGCAUGUCCGUUAACCUGAACAAGUUUUGUUCUCAGUUUGCAGAUUUUUCUUUUAAGAGCAGACUUCCUGUUUUCCAUUAAUUGCCACAAGGCCUCGUUAAACCACCAGCCGGUCUUCACAGGACUGCACAAAGUGACUCCUUCACUCUGAGUGUGAAACUCUUCCCUCAGGCUGUGGAUUUGAAGACGCCGUAAUAACCGACUUCAGCUGUGAUGAUUCAUGUUAGUUUUCAGGCUCUUGUGUGUUUCUUUACUUGUUCGGGUCAGUUUGCCCACCUUUACUUCUUCCUCCCAAGUCCCUGACGAGUCGCCUUUCCCACCUGGGAUGACAAAGUGACUGGAAUGAACAGUGUGGACGUAAAUGUGUUGUCUUUGUCUGAUGGUGACAUCAGGUUCACACAUCAGUAAAUAAAAACAAGUGCAACGUUUACAGAAAUUUUAAAGAGCAGUUUAUUAGCUGCAUGAAAUUCUGCCACACGAUUGUGACUGAACGUAAACUAUGUCAAAUAGACACUGAAAUUCUAAAUAAACUUCAUGCUCAGUGAAUUUUCUUUUCCACUGCUAUUCUACAAACGUAACAGAAACAGCAACUGUACACUUCCUGUGUUGUGAGUAAAAAUACAAUUAAACAAUUUCCGAACCUUUUCUUGUGAAA